AUGACUUGGCUGCUGCAAGUGCCUUCCGGCCCCCCAGGACCCCUGGAUGCCCAGGGUGCAAAUGUAGUAGCCCCGGGUCCGGAGCACGACGGCGCCGCCUCCUGCAGCCGCCCAGGUUCCCAGACGGCGUCGCAGAGGCAGCAACGCCCGGCCGAGGCCCCUUUAAGCGCAGUGUGCCCCUGGCGGGCGCUCAUCGGGGCCACGGACCCGGCCGACGCCCCGCCCGGCACCAUCCGCGGGGAUUUCUGCGUCGAGGUCAGCAGAAACGUGAUCCACGGCAGCGACUCGGUGGAGAGCGCCCGCCGCGAGAUCGCGCUGUGGUUCGGCGCCAACGAGCUGCUGUGCUGGGAGGACAGCGCCGGCCACUGGCUGUACGAGUAGCCGGGCGCGGCGCUCUGAUGACUCGGCAUCGGCUCCCCUCAGAACACCGGGGGGGCGCAGACCAACCGGUCAAGCCCUCAGCGCUCGGAAAGUCCUUCCUGCGGCAGGACCUCUGGCAGGCGGGUGGGUGCAAGUCCAGCAAGCCCUGCACCCGCUGGGCAAGAGCCCCUGCCUCACCGGCCGCAGCACACCUAGUGGCGCACCAGUGCAUCGACCCUGGCUCUUGGCUUGGUCCGUUGCCUUUUAUAAUAAAUUAGAGAAAGUC